CACAAGGAUCUGUACAAGGAGGCCAUGAUGGAGGAGCACCAGCCUCUUAUAUCACAAGCGAAUUCCAGUAAACAUUUUAAAGGAAACUUCAUGUUACGACAAAAUUAUAAAGUAGAGCGUGAAGAUAUCAUGCAGCGCUCUUCAGGAGGCAACGUUAAUGUACAUUCAGAACUUCCUAAUACAGAUCUAUCACAUAAUCCUCCUAAUCAUGAGGAACCAUCUCUUAACCAAUCACAGAUUACUAAAAGUACAGGUCAGAAAGGGGAUAAAAGGUUUAAUUGUAGUAAAGAGUUUACAAAGAGAUCAAGUUAUUCUACACACAGAAGAAUUCACACAGUGGAUAAGCAAUAUUCAUGUUCACAAUGUGGGAAAUGUUUUACACAAAAAUCAAGUCUUGUUAUACAUGAAAGAAGUCACACAGGGGAGAAGCCAUAUUCAUGUUCAGAAUGUGGGAAAUGUUUUGCAAAUAAAUCCGGUUUUGUUAAACAUGAGAGAAUUCACACAGGAGAGAAGCCAUACUCGUGUUCAGAGUGUGGGAAAUGUUUUAAACAAAAAUCAGAACUUGUUACACAUAAGAGAAGUCACACAGGGGAGAAACCAUAUUCAUGUACAGAAUGUGGGAAAUGUUUUGCACAGAAACCAAGUCUUAUUUCACAUAAAAGAGGUCACAGAGGAGAGAAGCCAUAUUCUUGUUCAGAAUGUGGGAAAUCUUUUCUACAGCAAUCAAGUCUUUUUUCACAUAAGCGAAUUCACACAGGGGAGAAACCAUAUUUAUGUACAGACUGUGGGAAAUGUUUUGCACAGAAGUCAAGUCUUGUUUCACAUAAGAGAACUCACACAGGAGAGAAGCCAUAUUCAUGUUCAGAAUGUGAGAAAUGUUUUACACAUAAAUCAAGUCUAAAUACACAUGAGAGAAUUCACAAAGGAGAGACGCCAUAUUCAUGUUCAGAAUGUGGAAAAUGUUUUACACGUAAAUCAAGUUUUGUUACACAUGAGAGAAAUCACACAGGAGAGAAGCCAUAUUCAUGUUCAAAAUGUGGGAAAUGUUUUGCAAAUAAAUCAGAUUUUGUUAAACAUGAGAGAAUUCACACAGGAGAGAAGCCAUAUUCAUGUUCAGAAUGUGAGAAAUCUUUUACAGAUAAAUCAAGUCUUGCUAGACAUAAGAGAAUUCACACAGGUGAGAUGCCAUAUGCAUGCUUAGAAUGUGGGAAAUGUUUUAAACAAAAAUCGGAACUUGUUUCCCAUGAGAUAUGUCACACAGGAGAGAAGCCGUAUUCAUGUUCAGAAUGUGGAAAGUGUUUUGCACAAAAAUCAACUCUAGUUACACAUAAGAGAUUUCACACAGGAGAGAAGCCGUAUUCAUGUUUAGAAUGUGGGAAGCGUUUUACAGAUAAAUCAAGUCUUGUUAAACAUGAGAGAAUGCACACAGGAGAGACUCCAUAUGCAUGCUUAGAGUGUGGGAAAUGUUUUACUACUAAAGCCAAUCUUAAGAAGCAUCAGGCAAGUCACAAAGGAGAGAAGCAGUUUUGAUGUUUUGUAAGGAAUUUAAAUGAUAAAACUCAUUGGAUCAGAAGAAACUAUAUAAUUUUUUUGGAAUAUGGGAAAUGCUAUAACAGCAAAAAAAGAAUUUUAACCUAGUUAUUAACAGACUUUUAUAAAUAACUGGCUACAUGUUAAUGUGUCCCUGCAGAAAGCAAUCCUCAGAAUAGUUACACAACUUGCUGUCAUUUAGCUGUUUUUAAAGCUGAGAUCUGGCUGCAAAAAAAAAAGCAGCUGGGGCUGAGUUUACAUCUACUUUCUUGCUGUAUCUGUCAUGGGUUCAGCAAUAAAGCAUCCAGUAUAUAAUACAACUGUCUGCAUCCGUUUAGAACAGAACCGGUUGUAUUAUAUCCCAAAUGAACAGGACGGGUCCUUCACUAAAUCCAUUCUAAGUCAAUGGGCACCAGAUCCGUUUUUUUCUAUGUCCAAAAAAACUGAUCCGUCAUCAUU